UUCCGUUGUCUGUGCUGGAUGCAUGGUACAGGGCUAAUGUAGCCCUGGCUCAUAAACUGAAAGGAACCUACUUGUAACAGAGUGGCAUAAAUUUGGGGAAUAAUAACCGAGAAGGCUUGGGAGUCAAGCGUCAAAAACAGACCACUCUGAAUGGGAUGCCCGCGCAACUGUAGAAGAAAUUAUCUAUCUGAGGGAAGACUCAUUGGAUUCUCUGUAGCCCUUCCUUGGUGCACAGAUGAGUGAAGAAGCAGCAGGAGAGAGUAAGAUCCCUGCCAGUGAGGCAGUGGAGGAGGAGGAGGACCAGGGGGAAGACACCGUAGAGAGUCCCAAGACAGACAAUCCCUCUGAGGAACCACCAGCACCCUCAGAUGACCCCAAAGAGGCAGCCGAGAAAAGCUUGGACCCUGCUGAAAACACCCCAGCAGAGGCCAAGGAGGAGGAGGAGGAGGUGGAGGAGGAGGAGGAAGGAAAGCCUACUGGCGAGCCUCCAAUGGACUGGUUCGAGCCGCUUGAGGAUGACAAUGAUGAUCCAGAUGAAGAAAGCCUGCCAGGAGAGACGGAGAGCGUUGCAGGCAGCGAGAGAGCCACAAGACAGCUCUAUCAGAUUUACGGGUAUCGACGUAAGCGCGCUCAUCCUGAAGAGGGAUGGGUCGAGUGGCCGGUGCUCGGACAAGGUUGGAAGCGCAAAGAGGUUGUUCGACGCUCAGGCUCCAGCAUCGGCCAGAAGGACGUGUAUUAUCUAAGUCCACGGGGUGACCGAGUGAGGAGCAGAGUAGAACUAAUUACAGUGCUCCAGGGAACCGACUUGACCCAGUUUGAAUACAAGAGCGGCAAGUUCGUGGAAGGGGAAAUCCCACCAGUGAGAGGUCGACCCAGAACGAAGAAACGCUAUCGGGAUCGGUCCUCCUCCGAGUCCAGCUGGAUGGACAGAGGAGACGGGGCCGAGACUCCGGACUCCCACCACCGGCUGACUCCGAACAUCACGCCCAGGAACGUCCACAGCAACCAGACGAGCGUCUCGCUGAACAGCUCGACGGGGGAGUCGAAGCAGAGCCCCAACUCCGAGGAAAAACAGUCGGAGGAAAAAAUCCGGCUCCCUUUCCCCUCGUCGUCUCGUCCGCUCUCGUUGCCUUCGAUCAAGGGAGAAUUCGGAUCGGAAGAGAGCACCCUGAUCUGUGCAAAGUGUGGUAUUUCGUUUACAGGUACAUGGUAUGACAAACAAAGAAAGCGGCCUUGCUGUCCCUCCUGCUGGGCAACGUCAAAGUCGAUAGAGCACCCGCUGAUCCGCUUCAGGAAGUGGAUUCCUUGUGGACAGUGCGUGGGAUGUCACAACGCCAUCGACUGCGGUCAGUGUGCAAACUGCAAGCACGGACUGCAAAGCCCCGAAGCGAGAAAACGCCUCUGUCGAAAACGCAGGUGCAUAUGUCCGAUACGCAAGCAAAGCCCAGGAAGCAUAAAUGUAACUUACAAGAGAUCUUUUGUUGACCCUGUUGAUACGUAUGAAGAUAGUAAUGAUGUCACAGAGUCACAGCAUCCAAGUCUCAAAAGCAGCGACACGGAGAACUUCUCGGCGAACGUGGACCUCGACGACGACGACAUGUCGACAGACGACGACGAUGACUGGCAUAAAAAGCGGAAGCGACGUUCCUGUGGCGAGUGUAAGGCCUGCCUGUGUAGGAAAGACUGCGGCGUGUGCGAUUUCUGCAUAGACAAACCCAAAUUUGGAGGCAGCAACAAGAAAAGGCAGAAGUGUCGUCUACGGCAGUGUCAAAGGCAAGCAAUGAGACAUUUGCUGCCCUUCCAGAUGGCUGGAGCUGAGUUGGGGCUAGACGCCCCUUUGCUGCCCGGCAGGCCCAGGCCUCACUACACAUACAGCCGCAAGUCCAGCUUAAAGAGAAGCCAAGAUCAGCAGGCUGACAUGGACUACACCGACGACGAUGACGACGACGACGAGGACAGCAAUCCACAACCGCUGAAUCAUUCCGAUUUUGGGGUGCGGAACGGCGUGCCGGAUCGAUUCCCUCACAUCAGCAAUCAUAACUACUCCCAACCAGACCAUCACAGUCAGUGGGAUACAGAGAAAUCGCACACAGGCAGAAAUGCCCCAAAGCACAUGGAAGAUGACGAGGACGAGUUUCCCAUGAUUACACAGAUCUUCAGUCUAGCUGAGAAUCCGGCGGAGAGCGGCAUGGACCUGGAAAACCAGCUGAUGAAGCUGCUCCACGCGCUCCGCUCCUCCGUGCUGCCCAUCCUCUGGUACGCCAUCAUGGUGGAGGGCCCGCAGCUGCAGCUCAUCCAGUGCUCCAAGCAGUCCAACAUGGCCGACACCAUGGUGCUGAUCGACCCGGGCUUCUGCUACCAGGUCACCGUCCAGAAGCAGCCGCUGCUGCCCAUCCACCCGCUCUACGACAUCCACCCGUCGCGACUCGGCACGGCCACCGACGUGGUCAGCUUGCUGCUGUCUCUGGAGCGGUUCGUCGUGUGCCAGGGACUAACCACGAAGCAGUCAACGUUCGGCAAAGGGCCGAUCGUGCUGGAGCGGGCGGCCACGUGCGACUUCCUGAUCAAGAAGAACGAGCGGACCUGCGCGAGCUGCAAAGCACUACAAGAACUUCAAAUCCAUCACAGAGAGUGAAAAACAGUUGGAUGGAAACAGUGACUUCUUUUUUUAUAUAUAUAUAUAUUUUGUGCCAUUUUCUUGUUUUUUGUUGUUCUUUUUUUCACUAUAUUGUACAGUUGAGAGACAAUUUGACAGACUUACCUCUGGACUGUGAUAGUAUGUUUUACCUUUUUGAAAAUCACCAAAGGAAUUCCAGGAGCUGUAUGAGUGUGUAUAUAUAUAUAUAUAUAUGUAUAUAUAAUUAUAUACAUAUAUAUAUACAUAUAUAUAUAUAUAUACAUAUGU